AUUAUAAAAAGAGUUAAAGCUUAGGGGCUUAAUUAUGCCUUUUCCGCCUUGAAGAAAUGAGGACAACAGUCCAGCAAGGUUUAAAGGGAUUGUGUAUCCGACAGCAAUGGUCUCUCUAAACAAAGCGUCAAAACCAGACAUGGCUGACUUAUCCAAGGACCAUUAUGUGACAACAGUUGUCGAAGAUCAUGAGACAGCAUGCUGGGGUUGUGGACUAAGGCUUCUUCUUCCAUCUUAUUCACCUAUUUUCAAGUGUGGUUGGUGUGGAGCAAUAACAAAUCAAAAUGAAAGAAAAUGUGAGGAUAAGUGCUUUUGGUGGAGGCGCGUGCGUGACCGUUGCUUUGUAUGUGUACUCCUCAGCUUCAUGCUUUUUGUAAUAUGUGGUGGGCUGUGGGCAGCAUAUCCUGUUAUUUUCUCCAUUGGAAAUUUCUGCGGGAUUAUCCACUCAAUCAUAGCAGUUAUCUUGUCCACAACUACUGUUUCAAUGUUUAGUCUUGCGGCCUUUAGAUUUGCUGGAGCACCACCUGUCAGACAGUGGGGUAGCUACCCAGUUGUGGGAAAAGGUUUCCUGGAGAAUCAUACGUUCUGUCACUACUGUUCGAAGCCAAAGUCACCUAGAACCCAUCACUGCCGUUCGUGUGGGAAGUGUAUAUUGGACAUGGAUCAUCACUGCCCCUUUAUUGGAAAUUGCGUUGGUGCAGAAAAUCACCGGCAUUUCAUUGCCUUCCUUAUUUCAGCUGUCAUCAGCACAAUAUAUGUUUCGAUCAUGUCUGCAUAUGCAGCAAUGCAUGUAUGGCCAACAUUACCACAUAGAUCUUUGGGCUAUUUGAAUGGGAUGAGCAGUUAUGUAGCUUGGAGAAUUUUGAAGGAAGCUGUUAUUGCUUUUCUGCGAUCCACACUGUUUCUUUCCCCAAGAGGACUUGUCCUUGUUUAUCUGCUUUUUGCUAGUGUUUCUGUGGGGAUAGGAUUAAGUGUGCUUCUGUGGCAGCAGCUUUGUUACAUAUACCGGGGUACAACUUACUUAAGCCACUUGAGUGACCAGGGAGGUGAUGAUGUUGGAGAAAAGGACUGCAACAAUUUGUUCCGUUUCUUUGGUUGCCCAUAUUCUGUUUCAAGACUGUUGCCCAGUGCUCGCAAUUCCCCUAAGAGACACAAGAAGUAAAAUGAAUGAAUAAAUGAUAUGAUCAUUGUUUGUCAUAAAAAUUAGAGUCUGUCACCAGCUUUUACUGGUAAAAACUUAAUCUGUCAUGUUUUGGACAACAUCAGCAUCAUCCAAUUACCUAGGCCUGCAGAAAUCUUGAUGCGAUUACAUUCUGGCUUCUGAGUAAUUUCUUGGGACUGAACCAUACUGCAUAAUUAUUGUAGGAUGCAAGUGUAGGCAAAUGAUGGAGAAUAUGUUGUGUUAGGUUAUCUUCAUCUGUUUUCUGAUGGUGGAGAAAUAGGAACCUGGGGCUUCAGAUUUUUAUGUUCUAUACCCACCCCCAUGUUGCUGGAGAUACUUCGGACAAUUUGCACGGCAAGAGAGCGUUAAUUCAUUGGUUCGCAUUCCAUUUUU